AUGCCGGGAAAGCGGGUCAGGAGGCGACCUCCUCGCCAACGAGGCGGCCGACGGACCUGCUCUACAAGAAGCCGGAUAAGCAGGGCUCGGGUGGUGCCUCCUUCCCGCACUGGAAGAGGGCGCAGCGGCGGCGAUCGAGUGGCAACAGUCCAACCUCCAUCUCCCCUUCGUCGCCUCCUCUGCUGGUCAUCACAACCGACGAGGAAAUGGAGAACGGGCAGCUGAAUUCACUCCUGGAGGGGGACGAGCAGUCAUCAGAGUCCAAUUCGAACUCUAGGCAAGAU